AAUAACGGUCAUUCUAUUCAACAAUCGUCCAUCAAUACAAAUGAAAACAAAAAAGCGCGCAAUUUCACCGUCACACGAGAGGCAAAGUUAUAGUAAAAAGUUGUAAAAUCAGUUUGUACUGAAAUUAUUUAACAUAGCUUGCAUUUAUCCACUUUACACUGUAUCCAGGUUAUUAACUCAUCAAUAAUGUUUUCUAAAGCGAAGAGAUUCGAUUCACUUGCUAUGAAAAAUCAACCAAAAGUUUCUUCAAAACGAGAUUUAGAGAAAACUGGUGUUAAAGUGACUUCUAUAUCUAAACCAGCCAAAGCCAUAUCAACUUCCUCUAAAGAUUUUGAUACCCAAUCCCAAUGCAGCUCCACACACAGUAUAAAAUCUUUUAAAACGCCAAGACCAAUAAAAUCGGUUAUUACAUCCAGCAAAACUGUAAGUAGUGUAAAAAAGACACUUCUGCCACCAUCCAAAAACAACAUUAAAAAGUGUGACACCAAAUUGCAAGAUGACCUUAUCCAAGCCUGUGAAGUGGAAAUUAGGAAUAAAGAUUACACUAUAUCAGAAUACAAUAAACAAAUUGAUGAUCUCAAAAAUCAAAUAGCUAAAUUGCAUGAAAUGCUUAAACAAAAUAGAGAUGGAAAGGCUGAAGUCCAAACGCUAGACACAGACUUCAGCCAUUUAACCCUAGAUGAUAAUAAAAAUAAGACUAAAGAUAAUCAAUUAACAAAAGAUGUGAUUUCUGAUCAUACCAAAGAAAUAAUUAAUCAGCUACAGUAUCAGAUAUUUGAGUUAGAGAUGCAAUGUGAGAAGUUGGAACAAGAAGUCAGUAGCAAACAAGUUGAAAUCACUUCUCUUGACGAAGUCAUAACCAUUAGAGAUAGUUUGUGUGCAGAUUUACAGAAGAAGCUAACUGACAUGGAGUCCUGUCUGGAAGAAACACGCCAAAGACUAGAAAUGGUUAAAGGGCAUCAUGCUCUUGCUCUAGAGGCAAAUGAAAGUAUUAGACGUGAAUAUAAAGCUGAAUUAGAAACUCUUAAAAUGAAACUUGAUGAAGAAAAGCAAGCUAUUUUGGCUAAAAGUAAGGUUGACCAAGAAAUAAUAAGACAAAAAUAUAAUACAUUGAUUGAAUCAAUCAAAAAUGAUAUCAUAAAAGAGAAGGAUGAUAAAAUUCAGGUUUUGGAACAUGAACUGAUUGUUAAGGAACAAGAAAUAAAAGCUAAACUAGAGCAAAUCAAUGAAGCUACCCAUGAGAAACUAAGACUGUGUGAAAUACAGUUUGAGGAGAGAAGUAGACAUCUUCAAGAGCAUUGGUCUCAGCAACAAAAAGAAAUUCAAAGUCUCGAAGAUGAAAUAAAGGAGUUAAAGUAUUUGUUAAGCAUUAAAGAAGAAAAGAAUCAAAUAUUACAUAAAGAUUUGAAAAAUAUGCAAACAGAAAAUGAUGCCCUUAAGUUAGAACAGAAAAAAUUAUGUGACGAACUAGAAGAUACUAAAGAGGAAUCAAAAAAGAAGAUCAUAAAUUUCGAAAAUGAGAUUAACAAGCUGACAGUUGAAGUCGAUAGAACCACUAAAGAAAAAAAUAAAUUUGAAAUGUCUCUGUCUGUAACCAGAGACAUAGUUCAAGUUUUGACUAUGCGCUUGCGUGAAUCUGAUAAUGAAUUAGAACAUUUAGAGAAACAGAUUUUAACAUUAAAAAAUUCAAAAGAAGGAUUAGAAUCGGAAUUGGUCACCUACAAAAAUACGCUAAAUAACACAGUUCUGGAAUGUAAUGAAUACAAAGAAGCUCUAGUGAAUAUAUUGAAAUCAAAAGCAGCUUUGGCUAAAGAACACAAUCGUAUUAUUGAACACAAUGUGUCCUUGAUUGAAAGUUUACAGAAUGUUGAGAAGGAAGCCUAUCGUGAGUUGGGUUCUAUAAAAGAUGAACUAAUAGAAGAUGUCGAAUUGCUUAAAAAGGAAUCAUGUUCGCAAAUAAAAAUGUUGAGAGGAGAGGUGGAAAAGAAGCGGGUUCUUUGCGAGCUGGCCACGGAGCACGCGGGACAGGCCGCGGCGGCCGCGGAACAGGCGCGCUCGUUGCUUGCGCACGCCUCCUGCGAGAUAGCACGUCUCGAGACCGACAACCGUACGCUGCAGCAACAGAUUCAAGACCAACAGUCGCUAGUUGUUGAGCUAUCUCUCCUGCGUCAAGAAAAUGAGGAGUUGACCAUGACCCUCGCCAAACAGUCGUCUGUUAUGGACAAAAUGUUAAAAGACGCAGAACAAGUGCAAGCGAAACCUAAGUCGCCUUGCGUGAUUCGAAAAUCAAUGAAAAUUGGGAAAGAGAACAUCCAAACUGUAAUUUCGCCAUUGCGAGAACGAAAUCAUUAAUCGUUAUUAAAAUAUUAGUUACUAAUAAUUGUUACAAUAGUAAUGAUUAUUAUAAUUACAAUUUUUUUUUGAUGAGCCUUUAUUUUACUUUGUAAGAUUUUAUCGUGACUACAUUUUGUAAUUCAAUUAAUGUUUAACAUAAUAAUUUAUUUCCCGAUUUUUGAAAAUUGUUUUCAUAUUUUGUCGUUUAUUUAUUAUUGUUUUAAUUUAUUGGUUAUUAACAUUCGAGCUAAAAAAUAAUUUUGCAUUAUAUUGAGCUGGAAUUGUCUUGUUGUUCUAAAGAAUUGAUCUGAUUUUUUUAUUCAGAUGGUUUGACUAAUAUUAAUA